AUGUUUUUGUGCCCAACUAAACACCGUCGAAACUUGGAUUUUAUGAUCGACAACCCACAAGAAGGGAGGUUGUCCAAAAAGAGAAAGAAACUGAAGAUCUGUGAAUCGUCAGCGUCCACUGACGCCGAGAUCCAUACGCCUGUCGUAUGCAAUUUGAAUCAAAAACGCCUGCAAUUUAACGGAGAACAAAAUUCCAAUACCACAAGAUAA